GGGUUUUCUUGUGUGUGUGUGUGUGUGUGUGGGUGUGUGGGGAAGGGGCUUUGUGGACCCAGCGUCAACUUGAUUUUUUUUUGGUUUGGCACCGGGACUCUUUUCCCCCUCUUCGCUUUGAGAGGAGCGCCAGAGUCGGCUCGACUUGAUUUGACUCGGGCCAAGGGCACCUUGGCUAGCUGGUGUGUCGCCCCAGUAGGAACUUGACAGGUCGCCUUUCACCAUGGCCGAAGAAGGCAUCGAGCUGCGUCGAUUCAGCUUUGUGCCGGGCGGCCAGGAGUACUAUUGUGCUACUGAUGUGGCCCGUUUCAUGGGUCGCCCGCUGUGGCAAUUCUAUCAACUCCAUCCCUCUUUGUAUCGUCGCCAAGCCACUGCAGUGGAGCGCCAGCUGCUGCAAUACUGGGACGUGGCCCAUGCCCCCCUUGUGACCCUCCUAUUGGCUGAGGAGGUGGAUGUCUUGCGAGCCGAGGAUGAUGGUGCCCCAUUGCUUCGGCAACCUCGCCCCGUCAAGUCACGCAAAAUCAUGCUUGGCUCCACCCCUGUCCUCCUCACCCAAUCGGCACAUGCCCCCAUGAUCCCGCCCCGCGCGCCGGGAACCGAGCGCGCAGUCAAAGGGUCAUCAAACCCCUUGCGCCAAUAUUACCGCAAGCCACACGGACUGGCUUCAGAGGCGGAUGCGCUGGAGGAACAACUGGUACCAAUCAAGCUGACACUAGACAAGGAAGGCUACAAGUUUCGGGACCAGUUUACCUGGAACAUCAACGAGCCCCAUAUCACGCCUGCCUUGUUUGCCGAGCUACUCUGCCAGGAUGCCGAGCUGCCCUCGCGCUUUGCCGGCACGUUUGCCCACUCAAUACAACAGCAACUAGAUGCCUUUAGGCAGACUCAAAUGAUGGACGUCUCCACCCGCUCCGCCCUCGUGCGCGUAGAGGUGUGCUUUCUUGUUCCUCGUCCAGAUUUGAUCCGUUCCUCGUUUCGUGUGGGGGAUGCUGAUGUUGCACCCACAGCGUCAUCUCAUUGCCCGGUCAUGCCUGUGACCCAUACCAACGCAAUCUGGCUCAAGGUCCAAUAUGCCUCUAGUCUGCUGAGCGACAGCUUUGAGUGGCAGCACGGGGCCGGGUCUCCAGAAGACUUUGCUCAGUCCUUGAUCAUUGAACUGGGCCUCCCCAGCGAUUAUGGCCCCCUGCUUGCACAUGCCAUCCACGAGCAAUUGCUGGCAGACAAAAAGGUCCGCCCCCGCACCCCUUUCUCGACACCAAGCAUGUCUCUGCUGGUGCCUGGUCCCACUCAAUCCGACAAGGCCUUUGAGCGCAUUCAGCGCCAGCUGGCAACUGAACAGGAACGCCGCCAAGCUGCCUCGGACCCUCAGAAUGAAGUGGCCACAUCCACCAAAGCCAAACCAGAUGAACGGAUGGAUCUGACCAAUGAAGAGCAAGCCGAGCUCGCAGAAAAGAAUGAGGCCGUAGCGGCCUUGGAGCGAAAGCGCAAGGUCUGUUCACUGGAAACCUUCGCCCCGUUGCCUCCCCUUCCCCGCCUCCUGAAUUUUAUCACCUUUUACUCGAUCUUUACCAUCGGUCAACCCUCCUUUCCCAUCAACUCACCACUGAUCGCAAUCAUCACAAAUGCUGCACCCCAGGCACGCGCCCUCAAUGUGCCCGCAGCUGACAUGGACGUGAAGAAGAUGUUGCGUAGCUUUGGCGAACCUAUUUGUCUCUUCGGUGAAAACCCGGGCGACCGGCGCGAGCGUUUACGCGACCUCAUUCUCGAGCGUGGCCCCGCAACCGAAACAGAGAAGCAAGCUGAAACGGAAGCGACACCUCAGGGCAACAAGGACAUUUGGUAUCACGAAGGCCCCGCUGAGUUGGAGGUGGCGCGUCGCUUUUUGGCCGAUUAUUCCCUGCCCCGUGCUAGUGAACGCCUGAAAGCUGCCCGUCUUCGUUUGGCCAAGACGGAUCGAGAAGAGGUAGCCACCAAGCAGCGUACGCUCGCUCGCUUGCAAGAGUUUAUUGCACAGGCCAGUGAGGUUGGCGACACGCGGCCCCUAUCACAUUGCCGAUUUAGCCCUGAUGGCAAGUCGUUGGCCAUUUCUUCCUGGAGUGGCCUUGUCAAGCUUUGGUCGGUGCCGGACUGCAAGCUUCAAAAAACACUCAAAGGUCACGAAGAGCGCGUGAGUGCCGUCGAGUGGCACCCUCGCUCGGGGCUGGAUCAACAACCGGGUGCCAUCAACCUGGCCUCCUGUGACAUGAAUGGUGCCGUACACCUCUGGUCCAUGGAGAAGGACACGCCUCUGCAAACACUGGAUGGCCAUGAUAUGCGCGUGGCGCGCGCCCGUUUUCACCCCAGUGGUCGCUUUCUUGGCACAACCUGCUUUGACGAAUCAUGGCGCCUUUUCGACCUUGAACAAAACGUUGAAGUGCUGCAUCAAGAGGGGCAUUCCAUGCCAGUAUACGACAUUGCCUUCCACCCAGAUGGCUCGCUGGCUGGCACGACCAGUUUGGACUGCUACGGCCGAAUUUGGGAUCUGCGCACGGGCAAGAACAUCUUGGUGCUGACGGGUCAUCGCCAGCAGGUCCUGAGCAUUGAUUUUAGCCCCAAUGGCUUUCAUGUUGCCACUGCCAGUGACGAUCACACGGUGCGUAUUUGGGAUCUGCGCAAGUCCACCUGUGUAUACACAAUGCCCGCCCACACCAACCUCAUUUCACAGCUGCGUUAUCACCCAAGCGGCAAUUUCUUUGUAACUUCCUCGUACGAUAAGACGGCCAAGGUCUGGCAAGCUCCAGAGUGCACUCCCGUGCGCACACUCAAGGGCCAUGAGAGCCGCAUCAUGUCCAUUGAUGUUAGCCCCGAUGCAAGCUUGAUUGCCACAUCGUCGUAUGAUCGCUCCUUCAAGCUUUGGGGCGCAGAGUAA